UUGGUUUCUCCCGAUUUCUUUUCUUACUUUUCUCAACUUGUCUCUGCAAUAGCAACAGAUCCCUCGUUGUUUUGUGCCUCUGCUUGGAACGAUAAUGGCUACAUCCACACCACUUCUGACCCUGCACGUGUUUACAGGACGGAAUUUUUUCCCGGUUUGGGCUAUCUUUUUCCGAGACGCUCUUGGAAUUUAGUGAAAGACAAAAUUCAUAAAGUUCCGAUAGGAUUUGAUUGGUGGCUCAGAUAUUUCAUGAAAGGUCAAGGUCUUGAGUGCGUCAUCCCUGAUUUCUCACGAACUUAUCAUUAUGGAAUAAGUGGAACUCAUAUGAAUCGAAAUUUCCAUAACAAUUACUUUAUCCAUCACCGUUUUAAUACAAUCCCAGACGUUAAACUGAAAAAUGUGGAUAAGCUAAAAAAAAAUUUAUAUGAACUGGAACUUUUCAAAGAAUUUAAAAAAGCUAAAUUUUUAUCAAAGGGCGAUCCGUGCGAAGUGGGCUACGAAAAUUUUGUUCCAAACACAAAAGGGGAAACUUACGUGAUUUGGUUUGCUGAAGAUCCUAUAUACCAACCUCAGCAAAAUCUCCUCCGCUGCUGGGGGAUGAUGGACGAUUAUUUGCGCUGCUUGCACAACGGGAUUCUUUUUUUUUACAUAAAAGAUAAUUUCAUUAUGGUGGUCAGUGAAAAUUCAAAUUAUGCUAAAAAAUUUAAAACAGAAAAUAUUCCUGCAGUGCACAUUACUAAAGCGCAUCCGUUCUUCUUGUUGAAUGGCGCUGAGUCGCUAGGAAAGUUGUGUCUUCCGCGCCUCAAUUAA